CAUCAUUCAUUAGAAAACGCAAUGUACUAAGCAACAACAUCCAAAGUUGAGGGGAACGAAGCCAGUGGCUUAAAGCUACCAAGAAUGCAUUUUGCUAUUGGCAGUGUCGUUUUUGGCCUUUUAUUUACAGGCGGACAAUGUGGCCUCACCAAUUGCUUAGGCAAACACUUCAAUUAUUCUUCUUCGACUUCUUUGCAAACUCUUUCCUAUCGGUACCCUCCAGAUUGGAAUCCGUACAACUGUUGGUUUAAUAUUAAACCACCGUCUUGGUUCUCUACAAGCCAUUACUUAGAAAUCCAGUGGAAAGAAUUUGAAAUAGAGGGGAACAUGCCAAAAUGUCAUGAUUACGUCGAAGUGUUCCUUACCAGGUCGAACAGAAGCAUUGGCAAGUACUGUUCUGGUAACAUCAAAUCACGUUUGCUGUUUAACAUGUACUCCAAUGAUAGUUUUGCAUCUUUCAACCUUGUAUCAGAUGGCAAGCGGUCAGGCGCAAGCUUUUCCUUAACAUAUCAGCUGAAAAACAAAGCAUCAGAACCUCUUGGAGGCCAGCCAAAUCUGAUAUCAACACAAUGUGCCCAGAUGAACAGGUCUGCAGUAGGAAACUUCUACUCAGUUGGUUGGCCAAAUGGCUAUGGACCGAGAUUAACACCCUGUAUUUUCAGCUACAGACUUGGAAACAACGCCAUGAAAAUUGCUGUCAUGGAUAUGGAUUUAUGCACUAAACAUAAUUGUUCCCAUGAUGGCUAUUAUCUGGAUAUAAAAGAUUCCACAUACUACUACACUGAUGCGAAUGACAUCCAGCAAUACGCUGAUUCAAUCAGUGGAAAGCUUCGUCAUUUACAGCCUAGAUCUUACAUUGCAACCAGAUCGAGUGUUUACUUCUUCUACGAACUUGAAUCCAAAGAGAGAAAUUUGAAUCGUGGUUUCGUUAUAGGGUACAUUGAAUAUGGCAACGGACGAAGCUGGUCGGUUUGGUCGCCGACAACACCAACAACGCCGACAAGAUGGAGUCACUGGGAAAGCUGGAGCAUGCAGACCGACCGAUUAGCUUCGGAAAGAAAUCGGACAAAGUAUAUUGUCAUUGGUGCAUCGAUUGGCGGGGUUGCGUCUCUUGUUGCAAUUAUUGCAAUGAUCUAUGGCUGUUACAGAGGAUGCUGCAAAACUGACAUAAUUAGCACCAGAACUGCCGCAGACCCUACUCUGAUCAACUCAAACGCUAUGAGAGCCUACCCAGGGCAAGCUAUUUUUGACAAUGGUUUUUUACACUCCCAAGAAUUUCAGCGGUUUUAGAUAUUACAACUCAUCCCAUCGCCUAAACUCUGAUCCGAUUAUUUUAACCAGCCCCCGCCCCACCGUCCCCUUUGUUAGAGGAGCCAGAGUACCUUGCUAGAAAGGAGGUCAAAUGGAAUCCAGCUUUGUAGUGACUUUAUACAGAUGUUUCUACAACCCCAGUCUACCCCCGGCGAAGUAACUAUACGCUGAAUACACAAGAGCUACUUUCCGGUGCGUUUAGCCAACUAACGGUUUGUCGAUUUUCUGCUGCUGGACUGAUUGUAAGACUAUCAUUGGAAUCACUGUCCUAAACUUUAAAAUGUCAUAACCUAUUUUACUUUACGUGCCCAAGCCUAAAUUUGAACUUCCAUUGCGCAAAAGUAAUAGUGGACAGAUAUGCCUUGUUUGGAGUCCAAAACAUGGAACAGUCUUUCAUCUGAGUUGAAAUCUACAAAAAAUAUCAUUAUGUUCAAACUAAGAUCAAAGAGAAAUCUUUCAAAAUAUUUAGAAAAAAUAAGUUGACAUAUAUGUCUUCUACGAAGGACUUUUUCGCAUUGAAAACUUGGAUACAACCCCGUUUUCUCGUCUUUUCCUAUGUAUUCCCAUUAUACACGCAAAUUUGAGGGAAUCAUUUUGGAAAUAAGGUCAACUUGAUCUUUUAACGCUAUCCCUGCCUCUGUAAUUAGGUAUGUUCAUUUUUACGUUUUUAGCAUUGGAUAAUGUAUUGUAUCUUUCUUUUUUUUUAAACUUGUAAAUAUUUGUAAAUAUGGUUGCAAAUGAUACAUUCAUACAUUCAUACACUUGCAUUCCUAUACCGCCUAAUUUCAUUAAAACAACUUUGCUUUGGAAA